AUGAACGAGGACAGGUUAGCCAGAGCCAACUCUAUUGGAGCCCCUAACACCAGGACAAGAGGAAGCGCAGCUUUAUAAGAAGAUAGCGGGCAUUCUAGUCCAUAUGUGAUGCAGAAUGAUGAAAAAGAUGACAAGGAAACCAAGUAAAUCGACUUAAAGAGGUACUGCAAACUGCUUUCUGAGAAAAUCAAGGACAAAAACAAGCUAGCCAAGCUCGAGGAAGUCAAAAAAAAGAUCUAGGACAAGAUUAUUGACCAGGACAAAUUCUUUGAAGAAGUUAUGACUUUUGCUCCCCAGGAAUUGCAGGAUGUCUAUAACUAUAAGAAUAAGUCUCAGAAGAGAGGAAAUCAAGAAUCCAGCCUUUCCAGAACUUCAAGCUCAGUUGAUAAGAAUCCACCAUCGCUCUUAGGUCGCAGACAGGCUAGUUAGGUCGCUAGUCAAGAAAGUAAAGUCAAUAAGGAUGAUACUGGACAUGCAAGCGGUGCUGGAUCUGUAUAGAGAUAAAUGGUUACAAGGCCAUCAAACAGCAGAAGCAUUGUGAAACAACUUGGAGUAAUUUAUUAUCAAAUUUUAUCUAUAUUAUAGUUGAUGUCUGAUAGCGCAUCUAAAAGAGAUGCAGAAGAAUAGUCAGAGGAGAAAAAGUCUCAAAAUUCAAAGGGUAAAACGCUAAAUUAGACAGCAAGUAAGAGAAUAACCAAAAUGAAGGACAAAAAGAUUAUUAAAACAAAAAAGCAAUUAACAAAGCAAGGAGUAAAGAAGAUCGAGCCUAUAAUAAAGAGAGGAGGUAAAAAGGCUUUGGUCACUAAAAGAGGGGCCUCGCAAAAUUUACUGACCCAGUCGAAGAAGGGCACUAUUAAGGGCAGAGGCAAGAGAAAAUAAGCAACGCCCCCUGUGUAAACAUAAGUACAGUAAUCAAGAGGAAAAGUUGGCAGUGCAGCUAGAGGCAAGCAAGAAAAAAAGUAAUAAGAGGAAAGUUAGGAGGAGGAUUAGGAAAUAGCAUCAGACGAAGAAGAUAAUUAGGAUUAAGAUGAAGACUAAUCAGGAAACGACGAGGAAAUGGAAGAAGAAAUGGAAGAAGAAUAAGAAGAAGAUUAAGAAGAAGAUAUUGAGGAAUAGGUUGAUGAUGAGGAUUAAGAAGGCUCAGAGAAUGGCUCCAAUGAUGAAGAUGUUGAAAAUCCUGAGGAGGAAGAUCCGACUAAAGUCGAAGAUGAGGAGGAGGAAGAGCCAUCAAAAGCUGUCAAAAGCGAUGACGAAGAUGAGGAGUCUAAAGAUGCCAACCAGUCUUAAAGCGAGGAAGAAUUGGUGGAGGAUGACAAAAAGUAGCCAUCAUCAAAUUAGCCAAAUAUGAGAGAACAAGAUCGACAAAGAAGACUACAGUCUAUGUUUUUGAAUUACAGAGUUCUAGAGGAAAAACUUAGACAGACAAUGUCUAAGUAUGGAAUAAGAAAUAUGGAUCCUGAGAUUAUGUUCUUGAUCAGUGAGGCAAUGAAAACAAGAUACACCUCAAUAAUCACAGAUCUAAUUGCUAUUAGCAGAAGUUCUUAAAGCAAUUCAUACAUUAUUACUAAAAACUCUGUGCCCCGCGAAAUCAUCGAUGUCCAUGCUUUUAAUAUUGUUAGUCAAAACCGAAUGUUUAUGAAACAACAGGGAUCUCAUCAUACUAUGCCUCCUCCCUUUAACACAGCUAUGAAUCCUCCAGAUUAGCCUAAACCCCAGAUUGUUGAAGCAGGUCACUUUGAGAUAAUAUGCACGUCAAAUUCAAUUCUUGACUACAAAAACGUUUUGGAGGAGGAAUUGAGGAGAAAGGAUCUGAAGAGGCAGCAGAUGCUAGAAGAGAUUUAAAGCACGGAUUAGACUAAAGAUUAAGGAGCUAUCUAAGCUGAUCAGUCACAAAAAGGAGUUCCCUCUGAUAAGUAAGGCAGUUCUAUAGCAGGUGAGGAUGAAACUACCGCUGAUGAUGGCUCAGCCUUAGGUGGGGCAGGUGCAGGUAGAAAAAGACAGAAAAAGAAGCAUCUUGAUUCAAAGCAACUGUAGAUUAAAGAGCAACUAGAGCAACAUAAGGAGCUUGAAUUACUGUAAAAGAAAUAGUCAAAUACUCUUAGUACUCUCUAAUAUUUCACCUAAGGAAAGGCUAAAACAGGCGAAGAUGAAUUCUAGAGGCCAAAAGAUAUUGUGCCUCACAGUAAGUCAGGUCACUUGAAGACGAUGGAUCUGAGUAUGGGGGCUCAUAGACUGCAUCACAAAAAGGUUCUGAAUCUUAACAUUUACUCUAGCAGGGAGGUAGAGAAAACAAAGCUUGAUGAUAACUACUAGAAGAGAGUAGAGAUGAAGGAACUCUUGUUCUACAUGUAGAAAGACCCCCUUCUCAGGAAAUCACAGAUAAUGUACCAGACUAUGAUAAAAUAAUGA